AUGUACGAGGGUAAACCUUGUGGCUUUCUUAUAGGCCGUGACAGGACAAGAGUAACAGUCUCGGGCGUGAAAAUGACGCGGUAUCAAAUCAACGCUCAAGUCGCAGACAUAAGUCCUUCAGACAAUGUGCGCUUCAAGCUCAACAUCCCGGAAAGCACAGCUUCAUCAGGCAGUGGGGACAUCUUCUUUUCCAUCUCAGCACCUAGCAGCUAUGAGUGGAUUGCGCUUGGUCAGGGGAAUGGUAUGGGCGGCUCGAACAUGUUUCUCGUAUAUACAUCUUCGAGCGGAUCAAACGUGACACUUUCACCGCGCACGGCAAGCGGGUACAACCCGCCGAGUGUAAACGGCGAUGCUGACGUUACGUUGCUGGAGGGUUCUGGCGUUACGGAUGGUGUGAUGACGGCCAAUGUGAAGUGCGCCAACUGCAAUAGCUGGUCUGGUGGUACAAUGGAUUUCAGUGCAAGUACUGGCAAUUGGAUCUAUGCCUACCAAUCGUCCGGUGGCCCAAAAAAUACAGACGAACAAUCUGCCUCGAUUAAGCAGCACAAUAACCAAGCUACUUUCCAAUGGGAUUUUGCGGAUGCCAAGGGUGGCAGCAGUGUCAACCCAUUCCUUGCAACGACUCCCUCUGGUACUGGGACCGCCGGCACUGCUGCAUCGAGUUGCAUCCCACGGCCAGCCUCUGCCAGUGAUUCCGGCACGGUUUCCGGAGCUAGCACUGCUCUUGCAAGCCCCACGCCGACAAGUGAUGACUCUGACAGUGAGGAUGACCACGACAACGAUCAUGAAAAUCCAUGGAACGGUCGACCCACUAGCUGGUCAACGGCGAGGCCUACUGGGGGUCGACCACCUGCCAAGCGACAGGACCAACUUCCGUACUGCGAUGAGAUAACUAACAGCGAAGAUGGCAGCAAUAGCAACAAUGACAGCGGUUUCAUCACCAUCGGGGGGUCGAGCGGCGGGGGCAACCGAAAAACCAUGGUCAUUGCACAUGGUGUUCUUGCGUCUCUCGCCUUUGUCAUUCUCUUCCCCGCGGGCGCCAUUGCUAUCCGUCUAGCUUCCUUCCCCGGGGUCAUCUGGCUACAUGCUGCAUUCCAGGCUCUAGCCUACCUUGUCUAUAUUGCUGGCGUUGGUCUCGGUGUGUACCUGGCGACAGAGAUGGACUUGUUGGACCAUUACCAUGCCAUUAUUGGCAUACUCGUCCUGAUCGUCGUCUUCUUCCAGCCCAUGACGGGCUGGAUCCAUCACAUGCUCUUCAAGAAGUACAGCCAUCGUACUAUAUGGUCACAGGCGCACAUCUGGGUCGGUCGCCUUGCCGUCACAUUGGGCAUCAUCAAUGGCGGUCUCGGGCUGAGGCUGGCCGACUCCAUGAGGAUGAGCUCACGGGGGGGGAUGAUAGCGUAUGGGGUGAUUGCGGGCCUUGUCUGGUUGGUAUGGGCGGCAGCGAUAGUUGUGGGCGAGAGGAGGAGGAAGAGGAUGACAGGGUCGGAAAGGAGGGAGAUGAGAAGCGGUGAUGUCAGGCCGCCGAAUGGCCAUUACGCUCCCAAGGGGCAGCAGUAA